AUGGCAUUGAGAGGCGCCGUGUGCCGUCUCCUGCUCACACCUCAGAGAUGUGCCAUCAUCUCUGCAUGCAGAGCGCAGGGAACCGCAGCACCUGUCAGAAGAGAUGCAGAGAAGACUGAGCAGAAAGCCAAAGCACCAAAGGUCCAGUUCAACUGGCUCGAUGCCCUGGACCUGGAGGGCCAGCUGACGGAGGAUGAGGUCAUGAUCAGAGACUCCUUCCACACCUACUGCCAAGAGAAACUCAUGCCUCGCAUCAUCAUGGCAAACAGAAACGAGGUGUUCCACAGAGAAAUUGUGUCAGAGAUGGGAGAGAUGGGUGUCCUGGGCCCGACCAUUAAAGGUUAUGGCUGUGCUGGGACAAGCUAUGUGGCCUAUGGUCUGAUUGCCAGAGAAAUAGAGAGAGUGGACAGCGGCUAUCGCUCAGUCAUGAGCGUGCAGUCGUCACUGGUCAUGCAUCCCAUUAAUGCCUAUGGCACAGAGGAGCAGAAACAGAAGUACCUCCCCAAGCUGGCUCGUGGAGAGAUCCUGGGUUGCUUCGGCUUGACAGAGCCUAACCAUGGCAGCGACCCCGGCAGCAUGGAAACCAAAGCCAAAUACAAUCCGUCCAGUCGCACCUACAGUCUGACUGGCUCGAAGACCUGGAUCACUAACUCCCCAGAGGCAGAUAUUGCUGUUGUGUGGGCCAAAUGUGAUGACGGGAAGAUCCGGGGCUUCAUCCUCGAGCGCGGCAUGAAGGGCCUCUCAACACCUAAGAUUGAGGGAAAGUUCUCCCUGAGAGCCUCCGUCACCGGUAUGAUCGUCAUGGACGAGGUGGAGGUCCCUGAGGAGAACCUGCUGCCUAAAGCCAGCGGCCUCAGCGGUCCUUUUGGCUGCUUGAACAACGCUCGUUAUGGGAUUGCGUGGGGUGCUCUGGGUGCUGCAGAGUUCUGUUUCCACGCAGCUCGACAGUACACACUCGACAGAAUCCAGUUUGGCGUUCCACUGGCAAGAAAUCAGCUGAUGCAGAAGAAAAUGGCUGACAUGUUGACAGAGAUCACCAUCGGCCUGCAGUCCUGUGUGCAGCUGGGAAGACUCAUCGAUGAGAAAAAAGCAGCCCCAGAGAUGAUAUCCAUGCUGAAGAGGAACAGCUGCGGGAAAGCCCUCGACAUCGCCAGGCAGGCCAGAGACAUGCUCGGAGGAAACGGCAUUGCAGAUGAGUACCACAUCAUCCGCCACGUCAUGAAUCUGGAAGCUGUUAACACAUACGAAGGGACUCAUGACAUCCACGCCCUGAUCCUGGGCAGAGCCAUCACAGGGCUGCAGUCCUUCACUGCGGACAAAUAGACUCUGCCUCUCACUGCUGCUCCCAAACAACAGGAACCUGCUGUUAGAAAUGUAACUUGCAUGUCAUCUGUGCAGCAGUUCUCACUUUAUUUGAACAGAUUCUCACCUGUAUAGUGACAAUGUGUGGUUUCUCUCAGGUUUUUAUAUAUUUGAGUGGAGAAGUCACGUGAGUCUGAACUUGUGGACUGUGGUGACGUGUAAUUAAUUCAGAAAAGAUGUUUUCAUCUUAAAAAGGGCUAUUUUUCUACUCAAUCAAAGCUUUCCAGCUCUGGUUCCCAGUUGUAUAGUCAAAGUAAAAUUCAUUGUAUAGACUAAAGGACCCUACUGUAGUGAAGCAUUAACAGUCCUGAAUAAUGCUGCUGGUUACUGAUGUAUGCAACAUUAAUACUGUCAUUAUAAGAGAACACAGCAGAAAUGGCUAGAACCUCUUUGGAAUUUUCCGUGAAGCUUUUCUGUUUUUAAUUAGAUUAAAUCUCUGUUACUGUUAUUAAGCUUAGCGUGGUGUUAACCUGCAGGACUUCAUUGGCUCCGUCACUCAGACGUGAUAACAUUGUUGGCCAGAAGAUGUUGUUCAGAAUAACAGUUAUUUAAGAGUUCCUGCAGCAGAAUAAAGUGUAAGUUUGAAAAGGUAA